UUCCCCUCAUCACCUUCAUGUCGACGGCGGCGGCGGCACCUGAGACCAUCUCCUCACUCGAAGACUACGACGAUGUGUUGUCUUGGGUCAACGAAGUGCUCGACAACGGUGAGGACGACUCCGCGCUCGGGCUGACCGAGCUCGAUCAGCGCGUCACCGGCCUCGUCGCGUCGCUCGACAUCGCCUGUGAAGACACGUCCUUCCAGCUCGAGCGCGUCAUUGACGAUGUGUCGCGCGGUGUACCGCGCCUGACCUACGACUUGCACUUCAUGCGCGAUGGCGCGGUCUCCUUGCAGAGCUCUCUCCUGCAAGUCCGGCAGCGAUCGAAGAAUGUGGUGGCGCCAGCUACGGGAGCCGCGCUGGAUCAGCUGAAGUCACUAGACACGAUCAAGCGCAAUAUGGAGGAAGCGCGGGAGGUGCUGCGUGAGGCGGAGAGCUGGAGCACGCUGGAGCUGGAGGUCACAUCCCUGCUCGCUGAGCAGAACUACGCGAAGGCUGCGGAGCGCCUGUCAGAGGCCAACAAGAGCAUGGUCGUCUUCCAGAAUACACCGGAGUACGAUCCUCGGCGUGCCCUCAUGGUCAACCUGCAGAAUCAGCUCGAGGCAUCCCUCAGCUCUGCGCUCGUCUCCGCGAUCAACGCGCAAGACCUGGCGACAUGCCGCCAGUACUUCUCCAUAUUUGCCCACAUUCAGCGCGAGUCAGAGUUCCGGAACUACUACAACGGCUCGAAGCGCACCCCCCUCACGAGCGUGUGGCAGGAGGCAAAGAUCUCGGACUGCGAAGAGGGCGCGCAGAACGAUGCGGCUGCUGUCCCCUUGGCCGCCUUCCUCCAGAAGUGGUACGGGACCUUCCUCACCGUCCUCAAGCAAGAGCGCACCACAAUACCCGCCAUCUUCCCCGACCCUGCCCCAUCACUAUCCAGUCUUUUCACCUCCGUUCUCGCGUCGCUGCAGCCCACCUACUACAACCGCCUGUCCGACAUGGUCGCGCACUACGGCGAUACGUCUUUGAGGGAACUCAUCAUCGUCUUCAAAGCCACGGAGGACUUUGCCGUCAAAGUCGAGAAGGUCUUCGAGAAGAUCCGCUAUACCCCCACCCCCGAUGCGUCACCGGAUCCUACGAACCCUACGAGCUCUCCGCCUCCAACCAGGUCCAACUCCGGCGUGCAUCGACGACGCUCCAGCCGCAUGUCUAUAUCGUGGAGGCCAGGUGCCAAAGCUCCUGCGAGCUUGGGUCUCGCGAAGGUCAUGACUGCGGAAGACCUUGACUGGGAUCAGGAGCUCUUCCAGCCGUUUCUGCAAUUCCAGACAGAGUAUGGGUCGCUUGAACGGCGAAUGCUCGACCAAGCUCUACGCACACUCAUCACCAGCGAACCUACGCACGAGGAGAAGGAUCAGGCGCGUCUGCUACGAGAGCGAUCCGUCGAUGUGCUGAGCGUGGCGGAGGAGAGCGUCGACCGGUGCACUAGCUUCACCUAUGGGUACGGUGCUACCGGACUCGUGCAAGCGCUCGAUGGCUACUUCCAGGCCUUCAUCGACAUGUGGACCGCCAACGUCGAGAACGACACUGCGAAGACACGGUCUGUGGAGACUACCGUGUCUGAAAGCGAUCUCGCAGAUCUGGACUACUCGCAGGACGACUGGAAUUACUUUCAAACCAUACUGCAUCUCCUAUCGUCGACUCGAGCCUUGUCAGAACGGUUAACGGCCUUCGAGGUAAAGCUGCGCUCCCAGUUGGUGCAGAUCGCGACGAAGUUCCGGCGGGCUCGAGAGGACCCGGUGAACUUCCCGUUGACUUCGAUCAAAGGGGAAGCGCAGCUGCUGGAACAAUCGACGCUGAACUCGGCAGAGCUGCGUGCGCUACUGGAACGUGUCGACCCCGAAAGCAGUCAUGAUCACCUACAGCCGCCACCGACACCUGGUUUCCGCCAAGCACCCCUAACCGCAGGGCCAGCGCCGCUCCUCGUAGAAGCGCGAGCUUCGGUCGCCUCGUUAGCGCGCGCAUGCCAGACGGCGCUGCAGAGCACCAUCUUGUCCCCACUACAGAAGCACUUGGCAGCGUACGCAGCAUCUUCUCUCUGGAGUGCCCCUGGAGAUCCCAAGGCUCCCCAGACCGUUACCGGGACUGACCUCCAGCUCCCGACGUUCUCAACCUCCCCGAGCGAUACCAUCCAGCGCGUAGCCGAGGGCAUGCUCAACCUCCCGCGGCUCUUCGAAGUCCACGCCGAUGACGACGCGCUGUCCUUUUCUCUCGCCACGCUCCCCAACCUCGACGUAGAGAUGCUGAAGAGCCUCGUUGAGACGCCAGCCGCCUCAGAGCCUCCCUCGUCCCAUAUGCGUCGAGCCUCUGUCGCCACGCCGCCGAAGCCACCUACCUUGGACCCCGAGGCUGUCUCUUCGGCGUGGCUCGCCUCUCUUGGGCAGACCCUUGCCGCAUACCUCACCGCAGACGUGCUGCCCAGGAUCACGAGGCUGACGCCUGCCGGCGCGGCGCAGCUCGUGUCGGACCUGGAGUACCUCUCGAACAUCCUCCGCGCGCUAAACGCAGCGUCGGAUGAGCUGGAACGGUGGAAGCAGUACGUGGCGAUGGAUAAUACGCAGGGGCAGAAGAAGCUGGCCGAGGACGCGCUGGACGAUGUGUUCCAAGCCGUGGCGAAGAUGCGGGGUUGGAGGUGACCGACAUGCUUUGGACCGCCUGACUUGCAGUCUUGCACGUCUUACAUGUAUAUAUAUCAAGCGCCUCGCCGCGAUGCGUAUGCAGGGAAAUUCCACUUUGCGGGCGAUACCACAGAGUCUAGGCAUCAAAGCAGAAAUGAGACGAAGAUGCGCUUUAUCGGAUGCCAAUUCGGACGUGCGAGUGCCUCAUCUCGUCAUAGAAGCAACGGUCAUGCACUGAAAGUACUGCACGCCCAGGGGAAUGCACUGCCUGUGAGCUUCAGCAGCAAGGAUGUUCAUGAUCGUUCUUCGCGGGCUGGUUCCGUCUACAUACGCAAUCGCGCUUCGUGAUAACGGAGUUUAGGAGCGUUCUUUAUUAGUCUGGAAUGAAUUGCGUGGCCGG